UCUUUGUGCACGCAUGCGUCCUCAGGCCUCAGCUCCCCGCGUUAAAUUUGCAUCCCUGGCCACACCUCAGACCUCCCCUUCCGCUCCUCCAGCCUUCUCUCCUCCCAAGUUGAGUGCUGCGUUCUUGGUUGAUUGGAAGCGGGUAGCGCGCCAUGCCUCCACCUCUCCAGGCCGCCGGACGCCUGGCUUCAGCUAGCUAAGUAUCUUCAGUGGAACAUCCCCGUCAGGUUUUGUGGCGAGCUUUAGUUGCAGUAAUCUCUCUCUGCUCCUGCUCCGUCAUCAAGCUCCCGCGCCCAUGUCGCUCAAUGAGGUCAGCCACCACUUCUGCUACCUCCACUCCCUCUCCAUCGUGCUCCUCUACUUCCUCUACGUGAUCUCCUGAUCGGCCGCCUCCCCCGACGUUCCGAGCAAAGCUUUGGCUCGAUUCAGAAUCGAAGCUUUGCUCGUCGCAAAAACAUUGCCACUAAUCAGUUCGUGUUCCUGCUGUUCCAUGAUCCCGUCCCGUUCUUCUCCCGGCCCUCUCCUCCUUUGCUGCUAAGUGCCGUGCCUCUCCUAGCGCAUACUCCUACGCUCGAUCGUUUAACUGCUAGGAGCGGCACUGCUCCAAGCAGGUAAGUGCUUCUAUUCCCUUGUGUGGCAAGAUGGUUGCGGCGGCGGCAGCGGCGCAGGGGGCGCGCCGCGCCGCGGUGGCCACCGAGGAGGAGCGGCGGCGCAACCGCAUGACCUCUAACAGGCUGUCGGCGCGCAAGUCCCGCAUGAAGCGGCAGCAGCACGUGGACGACCUGACAGCGGAGGCGGAGCGCCUGCGGCGCGAGAACGAGGCGAUGCGCGCCGGCGCCGGGGAGGCCCUGCGGCGGGGCCGCGCGCUCGAGCAGGAGAACCGCGUGCUGGCGGCGCACGCGCGCCAGCUGUGCGCCGCGCUCCUGCUGCGCAACUCCCAGCUCCGCCUGCUGGGCGGCGUGGCCGGCGUGGCGCUCGACGUGCCGGGCGUGCCCGACCACCUCGUGCAGCUGUACGGCGGCCCGCAUCAGAUGCCGGUCAUGCCGCUGGCGCCUCCGCCGCCCCUGCAACUGCCGAUGGAGAUCCAGAUGCUGUUGCAGCCCGACGUCAUGGACGCCGUCGGUAUGGUCGUGUGAUUGUGUGAAUGCUCUGCUGUGCUGUUAUAUAUAUUUCGCGCGCUGUUGGUUGUAUGAGCCCCAGCUUGCUUUGUGCACUUGUGCUGUAUGCUUUGUCAUGCGAACUAUUACCGUGGUAUACAGUGAAGUGUGUUGUGUUAAUGUCGUCGACGAAUAAAGAAAUCAUGUAAGUUGUGUAUUGUGUAAUACAUGCAGGAACUGAAGUAGUUAAGUGAUAUGUUUGUGGAAUUCUAGUGCACAAGAAUCUAUUUUUCACA